GUACACAGUCUCCUUCGACGCAUGGUAGUGCAAUAAAGGCAUUCGUUCUUCUUCAUGGUCCUGAUUAUUCGCAACUGCAGAAUAUUAUCCAGUCGGCCGAACAAACUAGUUAGAGUCGGAAAGCUACGAGAUUAUCCUUGUCGUCGGAUUUGCGACAGAGAAAACAACUGUGCGAUGGGUCCGGCAGCUGUAUUGGGAACAUUGUUCCUCUAUAGCGUCGCCAUGUUCACUUUACCCUUCGCUGCAUUCUUUGGGAUACAACGUUUCAUGAUAUUAGAAUUCCAAACUGAUACCGCCGUCACUAAUUACGUCUCCGUACUGGCUGCCGUAGUCACAGUCAACUUGAUCAUCUCCUGUUACGCUUAUCAAGCUUUAAACGAAUCUAUCGACGAGAAGGAGCAAAGCGAGGAUCAAGCUCAAGUCGAGUCCAAAGAGAGUUUGAAUAAGAAAGCUGAUUAAGAUACGAGAUUUUCUCUCUAGAGAAACAAAGUUUGCAAAGUGUCUAUUGUUUUUCCUAUUCAAAAAAGGAAACAUUUUUUCAUUACUUAAAGUAUGUGUAUCUAAUUAGCAUCUAAUAGCAGUGUACAUGCAUAAUGGAGAAAAAGAUUUAAUAACUAAAGAAGAUGUAAAUAUGUUUACAUAAAGUCUGUAUAUAAUGAACAUAAUGAUGAUCUUUACGUAAUAAAAUGCCAAGCAAAAAUACA